AUGGCCCACAAAAACACCGACACAGUGAUAUGGCAGUGGAACUGUCGAGGCUACCACCACAAACAGCCCGUUCUUCGUCAACACCUUCGCACAUCUUCACGUGAACCGGAUGUACUCAUACUCCAGGAAACGCACGAGACGCCGAUCACCCUUCCCGGAUAUCAACCCUUCAUCGCUGCCAACGCCCCCCACGGAGUGUCCACGCUCGUCCGACACAGAAUCACCGCAAUCGAACACGAUCUCCACGACCGUCGCACCGAACACCUUUUCAUUGAACUCAUCCCACACAAAAAGCGGACGGACGGCAUCUUCAUCCUGAAUAUUUAUAACGCCCCGUCCCUACGCCACAGUCGCUUUCUAGCGCUCUUUAAAAAGGCCCUGAACGCCGCAGGCAGCAGCCCCCUCGUCAUCGGCGGCGACUUCAACCUGCUGCACACAGGUUGGGGCUACAAACACUGCUCCGCUGCGGGCCGUAACCUUUGGCAAGACUCCCACGAUCUCGGCUUCACUCUCAUCACAGACCCGACGUUCCCCACACGCCUCGGCACCUCCACUGCGCGAGACACGACGCCCGACCUCACGUUCUCCAAAAAUGUAGUGAACGCUCAAUGGCGCAAUACUGAAUACGACCUCGGCAGCGAUCAUUCGAUCAUUGAAAUUACUCUCCCGCACCUCACAGCUGUAUCUACGAGAACGAGGGAGUUCACGUGGGUGGACUGGGACGCCUUCCGCAAACAUCGCACAGCAGAAACUACAGACACCCCGAUCACCGAUAUAGAAUCUUGGUCGCGCGACCUUUUAUCAGAUACCCAAUUGGCUACUCGCACUAUCAAAACCGAUGCCCCGACUGAACGUAUGGAUAGUCGGCUUGCCCACCUCAUUGAAGCCAAAACGGCCAUCCUCUCUCGGUGGAAGGGUCAACGACUCAACAAACGACUCAGGAAAAAGGUUGCACUACUUAACGAGAAUAUAAAAGAACACUGCCGAGUCCUUAAUCAACAGCAAUGGGCGGAGCUUUGCAAUUCUCUAGACGGGCAACUCCACCACUCCCGCUCGUGGAAAAUCCUAAAACAUCUUCUCGACAAUACCAGCACCCGUUCACAACAGCAGGAUCGUCUUACCAAACUCCUAUUCACAGAAACCAAGACGCGCGGCCAGGACCACGUCACAAAUACCUUAUGCCAAAAGUACAUCCCCUCCGGGCCAGCAAAGCCUCAAGGCCCGUACACGGGGUCCUCGAACUCAGCCCUCGAUGAGGACUUCAGCGUGGCCGAGGUACACGCUGCUCUGCGCAAAUUGAACAGCCGUUCAGCCCCAGGUCCGGACGGCGUCACCAACAAAGCUCUGAGAAACCUAGACGACCCCUCGGUGGAACAGCUCACCGAGUACAUAAACGACUGCUGGCGGCAAGGGUCCAUUCCCUCAUCAUAUAAAACGGCCAAGGUGCCCUCUGGUACGUACUUGAAGAUGCACACACUCUUCAAGUGUUCACGCUGCAACGCCAGAGAACGUGCUCUUGGCAUGCAAGCCAAGAGCACGUUCUAA